AUGGAGUUGCUGCUGCAAAUGGAGGUGCCUAGAAAGCCUCCUUCUCAGAAGAGAGCUACUGUGAAGCCAAUCAAGCCUGAAGCUGUGAUUGUAAUCAGCCCUGACACUAAAGAAGAGGUGAAGGAAAAGAACAGCCUCCGCAGAAAGGCAGCAGCUGAAGAUUCAUCUAGAAAGACUUAUACUGCAACUCUCACUGCUCGAAGCAAGGCUGCUUGUGGACUGAACAUUAAAUUACCAAAGGAGAAGAUUGAAGAUAUUGAUGCUGGAGAUGUGUACAAUGAGUUGGCAGUUGUGGAGUAUGCAGAAGACAUUUACAAGUUUUACAAGGAAGCUGAGGUCUAG